AGGAGGAAGGGAUGGAAGUGUGGAGGCGGAGGGGCUGGGGCAGGAGGAGGAGCCCGGCGCGGGGAGCCGAAGGGGGCGUGGUCCUCCAGCCAGUUCUCCCCGCCCACCGGGCAAAGGCUGCUCCUGAUUGGCUCCUGGGCCGUGGGGCUCAGGUUACACUCGCGAGCGGAGCAGAGCGCGGGAGAGAGGACCCGAGAGGAGAGCGGCUGGUUCGGCGCGGGUCGGCGGGCGUCCCGGAGCCCCAGAGUCCCCACCCAGCCUCAAACAGACCCCACCCCCGCUCUGCUCCAACCUCCGCCCCACCGAGGACCCCCAACACCAGCAUGGACUGCUGCACCGAGAGCGCCUGCUCCAAACCGGACGACGACAUUCUAGACAUCCCGUUGGACGACCCCGGUGCCAACGCGGCCGCCGCCAAAAUCCAGGCGAGUUUCCGGGGCCACAUGGCGCGGAAGAAGAUAAAGAGCGGAGAGCGCGGCCGCAAGGGCCCGGGCCCCGGGGGGCCGGGCGGAGCUGGGGGCGCCCGGGGAGGCGCGGGCGGCGGCCCCAGCGGAGACUAGGCCAGAGGAACUGAGCAUUUUCGAAGUUCCCGAGCAGAGAUGGAUGCCGCGUCCCCUUCGCAGUGACGAGACUUCCCUGCCGUGUUUGUGAUCCCCUGCUUCCCACCAACCCGCCAGCUUCAGGAGCCCCGCUGCGUCCCCAAGAGACUCCUCCCAGGCAGGCUCCAUCGCGAAGUCGCCAAGUCCGUGCCCUUUCAGUUAGUUCUCCAGUCUAGUACGGUCCCCAUUCGCCCUUCCUCCCCACCCUAGGCCCCAGUCCCGCGCUCCCAAAUCUUCCUUUUGCUUCCCUCCCACCUCUCCCGGCGCUCAGCAUGCAGCUCUGCCUCCGCAGCCUCUGGGCGCUUCCCUGCGCGCACUGCGGAGGGCGCCCUACGCGUCGCCCAAGGACGCUCACUUCCAAAAAAAAAACACAAGUCCUUUGGUUCAGUGCGCAGCGAAAGGGGGCGCCCUGCUUCUGUGUGCUGUUUCCACCCCAGCCUAGCCCCAGAGAUUUGGAUCUGGGGCGAGGAGAGAGGGGAAGAGAGUUUUUAUGGUGUCUAAUACCCCCUGCUCUGAUCGGAAGGGAAGUCCCUAUUUCACACCGCAAUCCCACGCCUGCCUGUAAUCUGCCCACCCAUGUCCUCAGCGCACCCCGAGAGCCGCCUCUCCAGCUCUCCGGUUUAUGCAAACGCUGAGCGCCUGGGAGGCUCGGUGGGAGGAGUCUGCUGCGGCCCCGCCCCUGCCCCUGCUGGUCCCGCCCCCGCCGGGCUCCUGGGGCUGUGGCCCGAAGGUUUUUAAUCUCUGCGUGUGCAUGUGACCGUGCCGGGUUGGAAUGUGAACAAUAAAGAGGAAUGUCCAAGU